GUGAUGGAUGAAAGCUUUUGGAGUGAUCUAGAUUUCAUUAGAAAAUUUUAACCUUCUGGAGGUUCAUACCCGAUUUCCAAAACAUUAACGGAGAAGGCUGCUCUUGAAUUUGAAUGGAAAAUGGAUUGGAUCUAGUCACCUUAAUCCUUCCCAUUGUUGUGGGCCCUUUCAUUUGUCCCAAGCUGCCAGAGUCUGUGUCCAUGGCAUUAGCUUUAGUCUUUGGGAAAAGUGCAGAAUAUAUUAGCCUUUUCAAUGCAUCGAUGGUGCAUGUUGAUGAUGUAGCCAUGGCACAAAUUUUCCUACUUGAGCAUCCUAAUGCCACAGUGUCUGGAAGAUACAUAGGUUCCUCCCAUACAAUAACAUUCGAGGAAUUGUCUCAAAUUCUUUCUGCCAAAUAUCCAGAAUUCGCAAUACCUUCACCCGAUUCCUUGGCAAAAGUUCAAAGUUUCAAAGCACCUGGCUUGUCAUCAAAGAAACUGUUGGAGAGUGGCUUCAAAUUCAAGUACAGCGUUGAGGAAAUGUUGGAUGAUGCUAUCAAAUGCUGUAAGGACAAAGCCUAUCUCAAAUAAUGAUUUAGUUUAUAAACUUCUUUUUAUAGCUUUUCUUGUUGCAUCAUCAUGAAGAAUAAAGUCCCAGCAAAAGUUAUGUUUGUGCCCAUCAUGGCUUGUUGGCUUGUAAUAAUUUGAACUCAUAUUGCUCAUGAAGAUUUCUAUGUUAUAAAUAAAAGUCUAGACUCAGG